CGGCGAGACGGGCUACGCGCCGGCCUCCUACCUCCAGCGGCUGCAGCAUGUUUUUGACUUAAGAGACGUGUUCUGGUUACUGGAGGGCACAGAAUUGCAAGGGGAAGGAAUUGGUGGCUGAUUCUGAUCAUCAUGACCGGUACACAGGGUCUGAGUGUGGCUGGAAAGAACCAGGAUGAAGCAUUUCCACCUUGGGAUGUACAAGUGUGCAGUGGUGCUGGAGCAAGAUGUGGUUCUCCAGUCUAUUGACCGUGCCAUUGAGGCUGUGCACAACGCAGCCAUGAAGAAUGGAGGAAAGUACAACCUGGAGCAGAGAGAUGUCCUCCAAAAACUGAUCCAUCACCGGAAGGAGACCGUGUCCCGCAAAGGUCACUCUCCCACCCCACAGGGGAUGGUUAUGACACAGUCCUCCAGCGACCACCACCUGGACGUGGCCCGGCAGCCCAACGGGGUGUGCCGGACGGGGUACGAGCGCCAUCACAGUCUUCCAAACACAGAGUUUGAGGAGGACGAUGAAGGUCCCUAUCAGAUCCCACCACAGCCCCGGCGUGCUGCUCCCGUCACCCCUCCGCCUCCAGAGAAACGCAGGAACGCGCAGAUUGCUGCUCCCCUGAAAAACACUGUUGAAGUUAUUCCUGGGUCAGCUUCUAGUGCCUCCUCUGUAAGCACAACAUCCCUGGAUACCUUGUACACAGCUUCUUCUGUGUCGGAGACGGCUCUCCCGACGGCCACCUCCAGCCCUGCCAACACCCCACCCCCUGUGCCCAGCCGCAGUGUCCACACCACCAUCACACGUAACUUGGACACCGGCUCUGUCGCCCACUCCCGCUAUGGGACUUCCCCAAAGGAUGGGGCCAGCAAGUCUCCCCAGACCAAGAGGGCAGCCCCUGCACCACCAGCUGAAGGGGGGACCCAGAGGUCCCACACUGUGGAUGGGGAGAAGACUUCUCAGGUGAAGAAAGCUGCCCCGGCACCCCCUGCAAGCCUGGAUGCCUUCAGCUCCCUCUGCCUGGAGGAUAAGAAGGCGGCUGCGGUGGAGCUGGUGCCAGCAGAACCUGGUGGCCUGGUGGCAUCAGUGCCCAAGACAAUAGGUGCUGAACUGAUCGAGCUGGUGCGCAGGAACACCCACCUCAGCUACGAGCUGUCCCGCGUGGCCAUCGGCGUGGUCAUCGGCCACAUCCAGACCUCUGUCCCUGCAACCAGCAGCAUCAUGGAGCAGAUUCUCAUCUCCGUGGUGGAGAGUAAGAAUCUGAGUGCGGGGCUGCCCUCGGGACAGAUCUGCCAUGAUGAGCAGAGGCUGGAGGUGAUCUUUGCAGACCUGGCCAGGCACAAGGACGAUGCUCAGCAGCGCAGCUGGGCACUCUACGAGGAUGAGAACGUCAUCUGCUGCUACCUGGAGGAGCUGCUUCGCAUCCUGACAGAUGCAGACCCAGAAGUUUGCAAGAAAAUGUGCAAGAAGAAUGAGUUUGAAUCUGUCCUGUCCCUUGUGGCAUAUUAUCAGAUGGAGCACAGGGUGCCGUUACGGCUGCUGCUGUUGAAGUGCUUUGGAGCCAUGUGCAACUUGGAUGCUGCAGUCAUCUCAACACUGGUCAACUCUGUGCUGCCCAUGGAGCUGGCCCGGGACAUGCAGACUCACACACAAGAUCAUCAGAAGAUGUGCUACUCGGCACUGGUGCUGGCAAUGAUGUUCUCCAUGGGGGAGCCUCUGCCAUAUCACCACUAUGAACAUCUCAACUCUCAGUUUGUGCAGUUCCUGCUGGAUGUGAUUGAGGAUGGGCUGCCCUCGGACACCACUGACCAGCUGCCUGACUUAUUCGUCAACGUCCUUCUGGCCUUCAAUCUCCACAUUCCAGUUCCAGAACACAGUGUGAUCAUGACUACGAUAAGCAAGCACUCGAAUGUCAAGACAUUCACAGAAAAGCUGCUGCUUCUACUGAACAGGGGAGAUGAUCCAGUUUGUAUCUUCAAGCAUCAGCCUCAGCCACCACACUCAGUGCUGAAGUUUCUGCAGGACAUCUUUGCCAGCAAGGAUACGGCCAGCAUCUUCUACCACACAGACAUGAUGGUCCUGAUAGACAUCCUGGUGCGGCAGAUUGCUGAUCUCUCCCCAGGAGACAAGCUGAGGAUGGAGUAUCUCUCCCUGAUGCACGCCAUCAUCCGCUCCACGCCCUAUCUGCAGCACCAGCACCGCCUCUCCGACCUGCAGGGCAUCUUGCAGCGCAUCCUGGGGGAAGAGGAGGAGGACCAGCAGUGCCAGAUGGACAAACUGAUCAUCCUGGAGAUUUAUAAGGAGUUCCCAGAAAUCUCUCCCGGUACCAGCUAACCGCCCCUCGGCUUGGACUGGAGUUUGAACCACUUGGAUCAACGAUGUCUCCUGUUGACACUUUGUCCCCAUUCCCUUCCAGUACAGCUCAUACCUUAUAUCCCUCCGUGCGAGGCCUAAGGUUGGGACAGGGUUCACCAGCCCUCUAGAGCCACCAGCAGCAGAAAGGGCAGGGGGUGCCCCCAGGCCUGGUGCUGGGGGGAGGUUGGAGCAGGGUGGGCACUGGCACGUGGUUUGCCUGCAAGACUCAGGCAGGAGGAAUUUAGGCAGCUGGUGUUAGCAGGAAAGGCAGAGAGCCCUGGGGUGGGGGGUGUUUAGUUGUGCUGGUGUCCUGAAGCAAAAGGCCUUUGCCUUAGAGUAUCACUUCUUUUCCAUGUGCAUCUCUCCCUGCUGUGACCAAGUGGAGUCUGCUGGUGCUUGGAAGAAGCUUUCGUAACAUCUGUUUUGUCUUCUGCUGCUAGUGCCAAUGUGCUGCAGCCCUGCCAAGGGGAGGUAGCUCGCUCGCUGUCUAACGCCUCGUCUAGUGAGCCUUUCACUCCCUCCUGGCCCUCAGCUUUGCCUCUGGGUAGCAGCCCACCUGGGUGGGUCAUAGAGGUCUUAUCUCAACAGCUGCUUUUUUCAAUCUGCUUUCUAGAGCGACGUUUAAAUCCAAAUUUCAUGCACACUGUGGCAGCCUAGAAGUCAUAACCAUGUGGGUGACGCUGCCCUUGGGAAGCCUUUGGCCCGGACACAGCACAAAAAUGUGUCCUGCCAAGAGAAAAGCUGCAUGUGCCACCUCCCUGCAGCGCUGCCGAGGGGCUGCGCGUGGGCAGGCGCGCUCUGUUCGUGAAGCCUGUGGAUUUCUUGCCUUGAGCUUCAUAGUAGCUCUGCCUUGCUGUCCUCCCUCUCCACGUGGCAGUGCUCGGAGGCAGCGUGAGCCUGGUGUCCAGUAGCUGUUUGUGACUAUGCACGAGUGUGGGGAACCCUUAUUUAUAUUUCCUCUAGGUUUCUAGCAAAUGGGAUUAACCUGUUUCCCUGUAACAGGCAGUCACACACACUAACGUGGGUCUCUAACAUAUUUGUGUGCGUGGUCUGGUCAAUUUCCUGUCCCCGGCUCUUCCUUUGCAGUAUCCAGUGUAGGAGCUAUUGGAAAGUGGAACUGGAAAUACUGGGCACUGUGGGUUUUUUCUUAGCUUGAGGCAAUGACACGAGCUCUGCUGUGCAGGUCUGGAUGCUGGGCACUGGGGCAGUGAUGCUUGGGAAUGGAGGGGAUUGGUCUGGCAGACAUGGGGGGCAAGGACUCCCCUGAAGUCUGCCUGGGAAUGCCCAAGCUUAAUAACCACCCUCGUAGAGAGACCUAUUUUUUCCCCUGUAAAAAUGUAUGAAUGUCCAAAGGGAUCCUGUAUUUUCUUAAACACUAAGUGUAACACGCAGAGGAAUAAAAAUGUCUUAAACUGGA